AUAGCAUCGUGAUCCGGAGUAGAGUGAGUUUGGGCUCGCGAGAAGCACUGAGGACGGGGCACUGGAGCCCAAUUGACCCCAUCAAUUGGCGUCUCAGCAAGCACCAGUACUCUCUUCAGCUUAGCCAGCGUUUUUUUCAAGCUCCCUCCCUUCAUUCUCCUACUUCCCUCUUUCGGUAUGCGCUGGAGCACCUCUUCUACGGGAACAUUAUGAUGUUUCUCCAUUGUCUCAUUGGGGAUAAAGGGGAGCAAGUGGAAGCGCGGGAGCCAUUGAGAGAGAUGGACUGUGAUGUAGAGAUGGGAGUGAAAGAGGCUUUAAACGGCGGUUGAGGAAAAGCCGCAUUAGUAUUGGAAAAUUUGCUUGAAUUUGGCAGACUGGAGGGACGAAAGGCUUCAUUAGCAUUCCUUUGAAACUGAGAAACGUGGAAAAUUGGCGUGAAAACCCAGUAGCGACGGUUUGAGAAGCCCUGCCAUGUAGAAUCUAAACAAAAUGUUCAGCAACGACGAGCGUCAAGCGCCAGCAGCGCGGAUUGCAAUUGAGCUAGUAGAGUAGAUAGACGACGUCAGUUCAGUAACGUUUUGGUAGUUGUCUUGAGUACUUAUGGAAUAAUUUAGUGUUUAAAGAAACUAACAACGCUGAUCGAGAACGCGAAGAGAGAGUUGAUGGAGGAGGGAUAUUGAGUCCCAGAGAGUGGUUAAUCCAAUCAACUUCCGGUUGCAUCUCUUCGAUUUUUGGGAAAUGUUGCAUAGUUUGUAGGUGCUCGCGAAAUAGCUUUUGUGUAGAUUGUGUAUACUAUUGUGUGUUAUUGGUCUCCAGUGCUCUGGUAGAAUCUAUAUAGCAAGACUCAAAGACAUAGCCCAGCAGGAGAAAAAAAAUCGCUGAUACUUGGAGGGCACGGUGAUUUAGUAACCGGGCUGAGGACGGAGACCGGGCAAUUGGGUGGACUGAACGAGUUUAUUGGAUAGGUGAUUGAGUGCUGGAGUUUGAUCAAUUGACAUUAAGGAGAAGUCUGGAAGUUAGAACCUGUGCUGAGAUUGUACAACAAUCAGAAAUCAAUUACAUAAUCCUCCCUAUAGUUGUGUGCGAAAGCGCAACGAGAGAGAGAAUCCACGAGAGAGGAGCAUCAGGGGUCCUCCCGGAUUUCCUAGUAAAAGUACAGUUUGUCCAGGACACGGCCAUUCUGGAAUGGAGCAUCCAUCAGUGUUGUAAUAGCAACUUUUGAAACUAUACCAUCAAAUCCUAGAAGAAGUCCCCGUAAUAGUCGUUACAUAAGGCUCAAAGGGUGCCGCUGAGUCUCUCUGGGUCACAAGGAAGCUCCUGAGGAGACCACCAAAAGGAGCCCAAGUGUGAGCGAGAUCUCCACACAUUGUGUACUAGUGUUGAAAAAAGACCAAGAGAAUGUGGUGCAGUGGCGCGAAGGACAAACUCGUGGUGUAUCUGUGAGAGUGGUCCUUGCACUUACGUCGAACAUCCUUGUCUAUCCUUUGGGGCAGCAGUAGUGUCAUCUCAGUCACUUUAGCCCACGUGCGCGUGUGUUGGUAUUCUACCGUGGUCUAUCCACCCCCACCUUAUCCUGGCCGGAAGCGAAGGAGCGGGUUGGUUUGGUGUGAAAAAUAAACCCUGACAUCGCCGAGAGUGUGAGAGAAGGAUAAAUAGUGUAGAAAAUUCGGGGUGAUAUUGAAUAUUUCGCGUUUAUAAGAAGAGAGUGAAGAUAUCGAUUUGAAGACAUCAUGAUGGAGGGUCAUCCAGAAUUGAAUUCAAGUGUCACGGCUGGAUUACCUGCAGAAGUUCCCAAUGAUCCAGGAAAAAUGUUUAUUGGUGGUCUGAGUUGGCAAACAAGUCCAGAGAGUCUGAGAGACUAUUUUAGUAAAUUUGGAGAAAUUACAGAAGUAAUGGUGAUGAAGGAUCCCACAACUAGAAGAUCGAGAGGGUUUGGAUUUAUCACAUUUGGAGACCCAUCGAGUGUGGAUAAAGUUUUAGCACAAGGAACGCAUGAGUUAGAUGGGAAGAAGAUUGAUCCAAAAGUUGCAUUUCCACGACGAGCUCAUCCAAAGAUGGUAACGAGAACAAAGAAGAUUUUUGUGGGUGGUCUCUCAGCCCCCACAACACUAGAAGACGUCAAAAGUUACUUCGAACAAUUUGGACCGAUUGAAGAUGCAAUGCUGAUGUUCGACAAACAGACUAAUAGACAUAGAGGUUUUGGUUUUGUCACAUUUCAAAGUGAAGACGUAGUAGACAAAGUAUGUGAGAUUCACUUCCACGAGAUCAACAAUAAAAUGGUGGAGUGCAAGAAGGCGCAACCCAAGGAGGUGAUGCUUCCGGCCAAUUUGGCUAAGACACGUGCCGCGGGAAGAGGAACUUAUGAUUUUAUGUGGUCGCUGGGAACUUUACCCGAUGGUUUCCCAGCAGCAGCGUACGCUGCAUAUGCCGCUGGACGCGGCUAUUCGGGCUAUCCUAGUUUUGGACUACCCUACCCGACAGUUGAUCUAACAAAUGGCCAACUCACUCCAAACAACAACACACCACUUCUCACUCAAGCGCUUUCUGUCAUGAAUAACUAUCAAGCAGCCGCGGCAGCCGCCCAAGGAUUUGGACCACCGGCAUCACCACACACCGCCACGACCAGGACAGGCUUCCCGCCCGCCAAUUCUCCGGGCCCCACCAUCGACAUGUAUAACUCCAGUGGAGCUGAUAGCGUCGGAUACGUCCAGGCGGCUAGCCCUCAGCCGUCCGGCUUCCCAGCCAUCGCCGUCAGCCGCGCGCCGCUCAACUAUAGCCCCGGACCUCUUAUUCCAGCCGCUUUUACCAAUGGCUACCACUAAAUAAGUCCUAGAGCAAAUUUUUCUUCUUAAGAUCUCUAUCGCGAGAAAUACACACAAACACGAGACAAAAGACGAGUGGCUGUAGGGUGAGCAAUUUUACCAGAAGAACACAAAGUGUCUAAAAUUAAAAAAAAAAACAAAAAAAAUGUAGUAAAAGACGAUGGAUAAACUUCGCGCGACUGUGUCGAACUUUAGAGAGUAGCUGAAGAAAUAAAAGAAAUUAAAAUAAAAAGCCACAUAAAACUAUUUGAUGUACGAGAGAUGUGACGAGGGAUUUUUUUUCAAGUGAAGAAAAAAAGGUGAAACAGUAUUUGUUCAAACAACUUACACAAAUUUACUAAAGUAAAACACAAAAGUUUAAAAAAAAAAUUAAAUUAAUACAAGAAUCCCAUGAAAACAGAGAAAAAGAACAAGAAAUAUUGAGAUGAAGUAAUAAAUUAAAUAUUUAAAGAAAAAAAGUAAUAAUUAAAAUAUAUAUUGAAAUAUGAAAUAAAAAGAGAAAAAAAUCCGUGGACGGAGAACAAUGAAAAUGAAAAUUAAGUAAUUAAUUGUAAUAUUCAUAUACAUUACUUAUUAUUAACUAAAUAAUGGGAAAAAAAAGAAAUGAAAACAUUGGGAGAAACACAUGGAAAUCUUUGUAUAAUUGCAAAGAUCAUCGUAAUAUAAGUUAGUCAUUGAUAAAAUCCUCACAAUUCACGUGAUAGCACGACACAAAUCUUAUUUUUAUAUCACUCCUCGAGCUAUAAAAAAAAAACGGAUAGUCCCUGUACUGCAACCUUCCAUUUGGGAAUACAUUGAUAUACUGUAUGCAAUUUUCAAGACAGCUUCGACCCUUCUGGGAUAAGUUUAGAAACCCCCUGAAUUGUUCGAAUUCGAUAAGUCCCUGAAAGGGACUACGCAUAAGCCUCAAUUAAGACUCCUUCGGGAUGUAACCCUGCAAGGCCUUUAUUUAAAAUUUUCCCAAAAUUGUAUAUAAUGUAAGGGAUAUGGUACACAGAAUAAAGGAAAGCUGAAUUAAGCUGCAGAAAAGGACAAAAAUAUUGAAUGUAAGGAUUUUGUUUAAAGAGUUAGGAGCUACUUGAGGCAUUACAAUUGAUAGGCAGUAUAUUACAACUAUUUAUAGGUAAAAAGGUAUAUUUUGAUAAAAAUAAGCCAAAACAUGAAACACUUGGUCUUAUUCUCUUAUGCGCACUCAUACAAACUACCACUUCAUUAAAGAGAAAAAAAAAAGUUUAAAGAAAAUUACGUCUUAAGAAGAAAUCCACAUUAAUUAGAUAUUUUAUUUCAUAAUUUUUAAGGAUUAAAGAGAAUGAAUAAAACACUCUCUAUAGAUAAAUUUAAAAUUUAUAAAUGACGUGGAUUUUUUUGAACUGCUGAAAAGUGAUUUUCUGGAAUGCAAAUCCCCUUGAAAGAUUUUAUGACAUUUGACAAACAGUAAGGAGUAAAUCUGUUUCAAUAAAUAAAUUUUCAUUUCAUUUGAUUUUAAAUUAUAAUUUAAUUUUAUAUGGUUUAUUUUUUUUAAUAAUGAUAUUUAUGAUCAUUGGAAAACCUUUUCUUCUAAAUUUAUGUGUAUAUGGUUGGACAAAAUUCAACAAAAUGGAGGCAUGAAAAUUUGGCAAAAGUAAAAGGAAUUUUUAAAACAAAAAGCAAAAUGAUUUACGCUGGCGUAAUUCACUGAAAUUAUACAAUGUGCCAGGUGGACUAAUUAGUACUGCGGUCUUAAGAAAUUUUACUUUCUAUUUGUCAUAAAUUUAGUUUGUUUUUUUUGUGUUGGAUAAAUAAAUUUUGAGAUUUAUCCUAUAUAAUGGUUAUUUAUUUGAACUGGUUUUACUUUCUUACUGUAAAACACACCUGAAGCGUCUCAAGAAAUUACUCUUCAACAGAUCUCUAAAAUUCCACAAAAAUGGUGAAAAAUGUGUAGAAAACAGCGAGACACCUUGAAAAAAGUCUUAUGAAUGACCUUCAAAUAUCCCUUCCUUUUUGGAGCGUAACAAUUGUAGAGAGAAUGGCGCCUAAAAAAAAAGAAUUCUUUCAGUUCACUAAAAUAGUGGUAUAUAAAAUUUGAAGCAAUAAGAGACUCUAAUAAUUUUCUCUUACAGAAAUAAUGGAAAGAAAAAACGUACCAACUUUUUUACAUUUUCACAAGAACAAUUUGAGAAACAUUUUAGAAGUUUUAAGUAGUUUUUAAAAAAAGAGAUCCAUUGUGAAAUCAAGGUCAUGCAAUUUAUUUUGUGGGAGAGUGAGCGAGGUGGCGAACAAUUUGGAGACAAAAGUGCUCCUCCUAGUUAUUAAAGGAAUAAAAAAUGUAUUUGUUAUUGUUAAGAUGAAAGUAAAAAGAAAAAAAAGUGAAAAAUAACGAAAACAUUAAGUGUGAAGAAAUGAAAGCAAUUGAUGUUGUUUUUUUGUUUUUAUCAAAAAACUUUUUUUUCUAAAAAAAAUUAAGGAAAAAACCUAUAAAUUGGCUUAAAAAGACACGUUUUCUUGUUGUCUGCAAUGCAAGUUACGAAUUUUAAGUUACAUUUUUCUUUAUGCCUUUCAGUGGACUGAAAAAUCGAAUUAUUUCAUGUCUAAUUCGUCAUAAUAUAUUUCUUUAAAAAAGACGACUUCUUUCCUUCUUUUGAAGAAAAAAAAAUUAUUCAUUCAAAAAGAUUAAAAUUACCAAAGGUUUUUUAUCCACUAAAAUGCGACAAUAUUGAAUGAAAAAGAAAUAUUUAAAAAAGAUAAAGAAAUAAAUUGAGAAAUAUUCAUUUGAGUGUGAUUCUCAAUCAAUACUUUUUAAUCAAAUAUAUAUUAAACACACAAUUCAAUCUAUAUUGAUACAAUUUUAAUGGUCAUAGUGAAUAAAACAAAAUAAAAUUAAUUAUGAAGUGAAAAAAAAAUAUGAAUGAAGAAAAAUCUUACAUGGUUCUAAUGUUUAUGAUAAUAUUUAAAGAAAGAAGAGUAUAUUAAUGAAAGAUAUUUUAUAAAAUUGAAAUCUUCACUUUUAUCGUUUAAAAACCAAAUUUAUAUAAAGAACGUGCGAAUUUUAAUUUUUUUUUCUUGUGACUUUGUGUCAAAUUCUCGCGCUUAAUUUUAUUUCUCAAAAGCCAUCAGACUUUUCACACUCAGCGUGAGAUUUUGACUAAAGCUUUUUCUUUUUUAAAACAUUAAAAGAUAAGAAUACCGACACAAUAAGCCGUUCAGAAUGACUUUUGAUGAGAAGAAAAAGCUUUGAAUUAAAAAAAAAGGAGAAAAUUAUAUAUUGAACCUAAUUAAUAUAAAACAAAAAGGAAGGAAACCACACACCCAAAAAGUAAAAAAAAAGUAUAUAAAAUUUUAGGAUAGAGAUGAAAUUUUUGCAAUAAAACGUUUCUAAUUAAAUGUAACGGAGACAUAAAGUUGAGGGUGAAGGUAAAAUAUUAAUAAGGUAAAAAGAAUGAGGAAAAAAACACACACAAGAUACUAAAAAAAAAGAAUUAUGAUAGUAGUCAAGAUAAAGGAAAUACAUAAAAAAAACCUUUUAUAUUAUAUACAAUACCAUUACAGACAUUUAAAGAAAAGAAUAAUUGUCUUUAUUCACGUGGAAGAAAAACAGCUUUAAAUAUUUCGAGAAGACAACAAAAAUGGUUAUUUUAUAAGAUAAGAAGGGAAAUCCCGUAAGUUUAAGGACAAAUGAUGAAGAAAAAAAAACAGUUUAGAAAAAAAAACAAUUCCAUUUGUAGGAAAAUUGAUCUCUAAUGUGUUUAUAAUCCGCACUUGCUUCGCAUGCUUUCCCCGGAUCCACAAACUUUUUCAUAAAAAAAACAAAUCAUACGAUUUUUAGGUAGGAAAAUCAAAAAAAAGCUCUCAAUAAAUUUUUUUGCCUUUCAACUUCAUUUACAUGAAAUGCAAAAAAAUUAAAAAUUUAUUAUUUUGCUUUUUUUUGAAAAUAGACUCAAUCGAUAUCACUAAAAUUCUUUUGAUAGAAAGACAAAAUCGAUCUGUUCUAUACAGUUUUUUUCUGUCUUUUCAGAAUUUUUCAGUAUAAUUUUUUAAUAAGUCCACUUUAAUUAUUGACUUUCAAAGCUAAAACUUUCAAUCGCCAUGAAUUGUCAGAUAGAAAGAAAUAAUUGAAUUGCAGUGGUUGAAAAGUUAUGUCCAAGGCAGAACAAAGAAUGGGAAUCAAAUAAUAAAAUAGAACUAUGUUCUAUGUUAUAUUCGUCAAACUUACAAUUUUAUAUAACAAACUUUAAAUAGUCUAACAGAAGAGUUUGUAUGUCUUUCAUCAGCGAAUAUUUUCCAAACCUUCACUAAAGCUCUAUGAGUGGAUUUUACGUUCUAAGGCGAAUGAACGUAUAAGCAGAAAAAUGAGAAGGAUCAUUUUCUGUCGGUGGAAGGCAAUUCAAAAGAAGAAAAAAAGCUCUGUCUCUCUGGGAGUUGGACGCAAAAUAAAUUUAUUGGGAGCUAAUAGUGAGAGAAGGCAAGUGUCUAAAAAAGCUCAUUUUGUGGGUAUUUUGUCAAAUGAGACAGUGAAGAUGGCAAAGAAAAUACAACAACAAAAAUUCUCCACAUCCUCAAACGUUAUAAAUUAUUUUCGCUUUUUCACACAAAAGAAAAUCUCUUUGUCAUUGAUUUUUUUUUGUGUCUUCUACCCCAAAGUUUUUUUUUACAUUUCAACAAUCACCCUCGAUGGACAUGUUAGCAAUUUAUUCUUUGAAGUACAAGAAGUAGCUAAGAUGAAAAACGGCUGAGAUAUAGCAGGGGAGAUUCAGCUGGAAAAAUAUGGCCAUCAUACGGAAGAAAUUUGUAUGAAAAAAAAAAUAUUAAUCUUUUUUGCGUGUAGUUCGCACAGACUGAUUUUAAGAAGCAAUACAAAAUAAAUAAAACAAUUUUAAACUAAAUAAUUAUUCAAUUUGCAUAAAAGUAUAAUAACAAUUUUAGCAUCAGGGUGAGGUAGGAGAAAAAUAAAAUGUUAGGAAUGGGCAAGAAAAUGGAAGUUAAGUGUCAUAGUUUGUAGCAAAUAGUGCUUUAAAAAAAAUUGAUUCCCGGGCUAAAAUGAAUCGAAAAAAUUGCGCCGUGUUUUGAUGUUUCACCCUGUAAAAAAAAAAAACAGUUCAAAGACAAAAUGUAAAUUGGAAAGCACUAAAAUCAUACUUAUUAUACAUUUUUAAACUUUAAUUUAUUCAUGAAAAAAUUAGAUAUUUCAAAAGGUCCAUAUGGAUCUUAACUGUUGCAUUUUAUAUCCCUAAUACAUUAGUCUGAACAAAGAGGUCUUUUCGGUUUAAUAAACAUGCGUAAAGAUGCAGUGUUGAAACUACAUGCGGGAUAGUUGAGUGUAGAAUAACCACAAGAAAACGAAAUCACCUUUCUCUAAUUUGUUUUUGGGGUGGCGUUAUUUGUCUCUCUUUAAUUUGCUAGUUUUUUUUUUUUCAAAAUAAUAAUAACAUUAUAAUUAAAGGCUGCUGCAGAUUGAGCAGUUUUUUUUGUUGUUAAAAAUGAUCAGUAAAAUUUGUAUAUUGUGAAAUAUUAUUUACAAAAAAGUUGUGAAUCACUUUAAUUUUUUCCUGACCAUUUUGAAUUAUAUUUACUUACUAAAUUUUUUAGUUUACUAACCAAAAAUGUUUUUUCCCAUAAAUCCGAUCAAUAAACACAAUUGUAUUUCCCGGAAAUUUCAUUUCCUGAUAAGAAAAUUUCAAUAAAAAUUUCAAAUGACUUUAAUUAUUUGAAUUUCCAAGUCUCUAAAAACGCCACCUCAACUGACAAUAUUUCACAAAAAAAAACUAUAAUAGAAAAGCCGCUCUAUAUUCUCAUAAUUUUUAUUGAAAUGAAAUUAUAUCAUAUAUUAAAAGUGAAAAGAAACAAGAGUCAAUACGUAGGAUGAAAAAAAAACAUGUAAACGAUUUUUACUCACAAGAUAAAUAAAGAUUGAAGAAAUGCUCUUGAAAUGUGGAAGUCAAAAAAAGUAUUUUUGACAAGAGUAAAAAAUCAAUUUAAAUAGGUCAAUUAAACAAAUUGGAUAAUGUAAAAUAAAUUCUGUAUAAAUAAAGGUUUUUUGUGUGUAUAUUGGCAAAUAUACAGACAAUUUGUACAUAAUCCCAAAAAAAAGAAAAGUUUUAAAGGAAAAACUAUAAAAAAAGUCACUUUUUUCGUCACAAAAAAAAAGAAUGAAAAUCACAUUUCAAUGUUGAAAUAUUUAAAUUGAAAAUAAAAAAAAAAAUAAAAAACGAAAAAAGUUAAUUCCCCUCUAUCCCUCUCCCAAUUCCCGUUCACAAUCACCAAACUCAAAACUUCGAAAGACAAAGAAAGAAAAAACUUCCUCAGAAUCUAUGGAACUUCUUUGAAAUGAAAGGAUUAUACAAAAGAAAAAUGAAAAACUUUUUAGAUAAUAAUCAAAUUAUUGAUAAAUCAAAAAAUUAGGUUUUAAAUGUUUCUUUGUCUCCUAUUUAAAUUAUCCAAUUGAAAAAUUUCGCAUUAAAAUUUUAUUUCCCGUAGGUUAAAUUUAUUGGACAUUUUUGAACCAAUCAAAAAGAAAUAACUUUGACAAAAUUUAUCAAUUUGUCUCUAAUAUAAUGUUAAAUUUGUGUCUCUUUAGAUAGUCAAUAAAUCCAAGGGAAAAAAAUUGGACAAGCAAGUGAUUCUACGGUUAUUUGUCCGAUUUGGCUGAAAACCAAAAAAGUUUUAAAAAAAAAGCGCAAAAGGAAAUAGAUGCAACUUGAAAAACCAAAUUCCACAUUAAAAUGUAAAUAACACCGAAAAUUUUCUUUUAGCUUUCAAUACUCACACAUUUGAGCUCGGUUUUAAAUUCAAACACGAGGCUUUGUAAUUAAAAAAAAAAAACAGUAUUUUCCCUAUUGAUUUUUUUUAAAUUAUUAAUCAAAAUAAAUAUUUAAAAGGUCAAAGAAAAUGAAGUUUAAAAAAUGAACUAAAUACAGGGUAAAAUUUAGUGACAAAGUAAUAUGAUGAAAAAUAAUGAUGAAUUCGAGACUUUAAUAUCAUUCAUUUAUUUCACUUUUUUCACACAAAAUGCAAGAUGAUGACAGGAAGUUGUUGAAACAGAUUAUGCCAAAAAAAAAAGUUUGUUUAUCUUUGUUAGAUAAAAGAAAACAUUCACACUAAAGAAUUUGAUAUGAAUUAUUUGUACCAAAAACAAAGCAAAUAUCAAGUAAAUAUCGAUGAAAAUUCUUGAAAUGCAAUGAAAUCGCUCCAAUGUCAAUUUAUUGAUAACAUUAAAGAAAAGGUAAAAAAUGAUACAUUAAAAGUUUAACAUAGUAUUUACUACUUAAAACUUUUUUAAAAUAUAAUCCCUUUUAGUUAUUAAAUUUUCCUUUAAUCCCCUCCAUAACUUUAGACUUCUUUUUAUCCCUUUUCACCUAUGUUGUCUUAUUAUAAGAGAGAAUAUUAAAAGAAAAAAAAUCUGAAAAUAUUUCACCAGAGGAAGUAUUUAUAGACCUAGAAAAUACUAAUAUAAUGUAAAACAAUAAGGAAAACACAUUUUAAAAAGAAUGGUAAAAAAUUAUUAAUAUGAAUAAAUCCCGGCCUUAACAUCACGUGAAACUUCUUUGUAAGGUUAUAUUGGUACAUUAGGUACAACUUUCAUAUUUAAAAGAAAAAAAAACUAUUAAUGGAAUAAUAUAAUUAAAAGAUAAAGUAUGAUCAAACAUAUCUUAAUAUGUGUAAAUGUGUAAAUAAAAUAUUAUCAGUUGAUCUUUUUCCAUCAAAAUCGAUCAAUAUAGCAAUGCAUUUUGUUGAGGCUACAAUGUAUCCUUGUUAAAUUAAUACUUUCUUCAAUUUGUUUACCAUAAAAAAUUUCAUUUUGAGUAAUUAGAAAAUUCACGUCUGAUAAAUCAACGGUAUUAAAUGCUUUUUCAGAUAAAAAAGAUUCUUUUUACCUGGUAUUUGAAAGUUGAUGAAAAUUGACAGCUGUCACUUUUAUGUAUACGCAAAUUUUUAAGUAAGAUGUCAAUAUCAGGAAAUUAAUUCAGAUACUUCAUUCAUUUUAAUUAAAGCAUAUUUUUUAUCUGAAAUAGAAUUUAAAUCAAUAAAAAAACUCUUUUGUUACCAUAACAAAUGAAGUGGCCUGAGGAAGAUAAAGAGAGAUUUUGGCGCAAUUUUUCCUCUCCAUUGGACAUUUUUCUUCACUUUUUUCCAUUCACACUAAUUUUCAACAUCGGUGACACUACGUGAGACUCAAUUCACAAAGGGAAUAAUUAGACAGAGCUUAAUCUUUGAGACGCUUUCAAGGGAUGCAGCUUUAAUAGAAAUACACCGAAACAAGUCAACCAAUUCAGCCUCGUUUGAGGUAUAAUUAAAAAAUGAAUUCUUAAUGGCAGGAAAAUUGGCCAAAAAUCUGUUUUCCCCUACAACAACCUCUUACCACUUCAAAGGGAAAAAAAUAGAUCUAUCAUCACAAGAAGAAACCAAAAAAAACUGUAUCCAUUUUUAGAUAAAUUUGAUGAAAGAAAUAAAAUCCGAGGAGGGAAAUUCUUUUUUCUCACAACUAUUCUUUAAAUUUUCUUUUCUAAUGCAAAAAAAACCUAAAACAGAAAUACACACCGAUUGAAAACAAAAAAAAAAGAACAGUUCAUUAAAAAAGUAAAAGAAAUUCCCACAUGUGAAUUUAAUGAUAAAAACAUGGUCUAUUUUUUGAUAGUGAGAAUUAUUAUGGAAAAAAUUAACUGAAGUUGCAUGUAUAUAUUUAAAAGAUGAAGUAUAACAACAAAGAAUAUGGUGUAUUUAUUGAAUUACACACACUUUAAACAUAAAGUGAACAAGAAAAUAUGUAACAUUAAAAAAAAUCUCGACAAUAUUAAAUUUACAUUCGUAUUUGAUAGUGGAUGAAAAGAAAAUGAGAAAAAAAACUUCUUUAAAUGAAAAAAAAAGAGAUAAUGUCUUAUUUGAAUAUUGAAAAUCAACCCUGAUUUUAGUGAAUGAUGGUAGAAGAAGUAAAGAAAAAUAUGUACUUAUUAUAAAUUAUUAAUAUCUCCGUGUCAUGGGCCUUAUACUAUAUUACUAAAAAAAACACAAGAUGUUGGUGAAAAGAUGAAAUUAUGACAAGAAAAAAACACAUUUAAACGUGAGCGACAAAAUGGAAGUUAAAAAAAAUCGAUUAAAAGCGUAUGAGAAAAGCACACGAAAAGUACGUCGGAAAAAUCAGCAAAUAAUGCAAUAAAAUGGUCCUUCAAUCAAAAGCACAAUGAGUCGAUGAAAAUGGGUGGAAAAGCGGAAGAAAGUAGGGACAACUUCACCCUCAAAAUGACGGAAAAGCACCCACCCCGGCCUCUCCAUUGUGCUCCACAAAUACGACUUCUUUUCCUCCAUUGUUUAGGCCACCUUUCCUCACCUCUCCAUCCUGUCCAAAACCCCUUUAUAUUUCCCUAUUUUCCCUCCAAAAAAAAAAGCAAGAAAAAAACUCAAAAAGAAGCGAACAAUUCUGAAUAAAACAGAACGUAUUUUCAACCAUCCCUUAAGAUAUCCUUUUCCCGCAAAAGAAUGGAAUGAAAAGAAAAAAAAACUCUUUUAAAAUAGACUUUAAGAUUUUUUUCGUAUUCAGUCAAAAUAAGAAAAAAAAGAGAAACGAAUGAAGAAAAUUUUGUGAUGUCACUCACACGUUAAUACAUACUGUGUAAAUAAAUUUUAAAAACCAAAAAAACAAACUAUUUAAAAUCGGGAAGAAGAAGAAGUGAAAUGGUACUAUGUAACUAAAAAGAUGAAAAAUUUGGAGAACCAGUGAAUUUAGUGGUUGUAUAAUUUAAAAGUGGGAUUGAGGGAAAGUAUUGUCAUAGCUUCAAGGAUUACGUAGGAGAAUUUGCCAUCACAAAGAAAAAAAAGAGGCAGCGAUUAACUUUUUUUCGUCAUUACUUUAACACUUUUUGGGUAUAAAAAUAUAUCAACAUUUUUUAAUGUUAAUUUUACACCUUUUAUAGGUAAAAUCAACAUGAAAGAAGGGUAACUUUAACCUAUAAUACACCUAAAAAGAGUAAUAUUUACACCGUUUUCGGAUCAAUACUGCAGGGUAAAAUUAACAUUUCCGGAAUGUUAUUUUAACUUUUUCGGAUUUCUCUCAGUGACUGAACCAUUUAACUACUGCAAAUCAAUAUAAAAAUAAUUAAUUAAAAAGCACUCACGUACUACCAACAAGUUUUUGACCAGAAAAUUAGAGUCCCAUUUAAUUCUUACAAAUUGGUAGAGACAUGGUUGUAGGCAUGGUUCGCGAAUGAGCUUUCAAACGAUGUGAAAUUUCUCUUUAUUUGUAAAGAGUUGGUUCAUCAUUUCUCGCCCAUAUCCGUAACACGGAUUUCAGACUAAAGCAGUAUAGAUUAUUCCCAAAGAUCUCAAAUUUGUGAACAACAAGCAGUUACAAUCAGCUUUUUCCAUACAAUAGAUCAAAACCAUGAAUAUACGAUCUUAAAUUUAAAAAAAAAAUAUUUUUCAAAAAAGUUUUCAGUUGAAAAAUUAGAAUAGUUAAGACAGUUAAGUUAGACGAGGUGUACGAUACCUAUCUAAUAACUAAGAAAUGACGAACCAGUUUACGUUGCGCAAACAAAGGAUGAUGCUCAACCAUGCACUGAGAAAAAAAGAGGGUGCGAUUAACUUUUUUCCUCAUAACUUUAACACUUUUUAGAUGUAAAAAUAUAUCAACAUUUUUUAAUGUUAAUUUUACACCUUUUGAGGGUGAAAUCAACGUGAAAAAAGGGUAACUUUAACCCCUAAUACACCUAUAAAGCGUAAUAUUUACACCAAUUUGGGUUCAAUACUUCAGGGUAAAAUAAACAUUCCCGGAAUGUUAUUUUAACUUUCUCGGAUUUCUCUCAGUGGUGGUUGAAAAAAAGCAAAACUCAAAUAGGCUAUAUCCGAGUUAGUAAACAAAAUAAGUGUGACAACUUUCUCUCAGUGAACACCGAUAUACACUACUAACAAGAUACCACUGGUCCUCUAUUGGCACAGUUGUCUAAUUAAUACAUUUAAUGUAUACUUUAAAUAAUAAUUGUACUAUAUGCAGUUAUAUUUAUGUGUAUAGUUAUUUAAUAUUUCGUUAUUUAAAUUUACUCAUCCCGUCUUCAGACGUGAAGACAGAGCAAACUUACCCCAGUGAACUCGUAAAUUGCAAAACAAAAAAUGAGAAAAUUAAUCAAUGAAGAAAAAUUCUAUUAAACAAAUAACUAAUAAUAAUAAAAACACAAUGACUCUUUAUUAAUUUAAUCAUACUUUUCCUUAAACCCACCCACCCAAACCUAUGUGCGUAAAGUAAAUUUAAAAAAAAAAGUAAAAGGAGAAAAAAGUGACGAAGAUUAAUAAAUUAAACUUAACUUGCACACGUAAUAAUUAUAAAAAAAAUGAUUAUCUACAUGAAAUAAGAAAUAAAAAAAAAUGAAAAGAAGAUUUAGGAAAGGGAAACAUAAAAAACACAAAAACUACACUCUGUUUUCGUAAAGUUCUAUGACGGAUUUAUUAAAAAGAAAAUUGAAAAGACAAAGGAAAGUAUUAAAAUAUUUCUCCUAUUUAUUCUUCUCCUGAAAAUAAAAGAAAAAUUAUUACCAUCAUCAUGUUAAAAUUAUGAGCAGAAAAGCUAUUUAUAAAUUAAUGAUUUUUAUAAAAAUAAAAAAAAAAACUGAGGAAUAAUUCAUUACAGGUUAUUAGAAAAAAAAACAUUUUUGUAAAAGAUGUUUUCCAAAUGUACUCAAACUUCCCCUAAAAAUUCAUGGACUACGAAUAAAACCACGAUUUAAAAAAUUACCCAAUAAAUUAGCAAAAAAGUGACUCAAAGCGCAAUAAUUUCCUGAGUCAAAGGUCAAAACUAACAGUGAAAAAAAAAGUUUUUUUUUUUAUAAAUAAAUAAUUUGAGAAAUAAAACUCAUUGAUAUUUGAGCAUUUGGUAACUGACAAGAGAAUAAGAAAAAAAUUUGCAGGAGAAAACAAAAUGUUGUUAUAAUGAAGAAAUAAAAGAAAUUAUGAAAUAAAAAACACACAUUUAUAAGAUUUACAUUAUAGAUGAGGAAGAAGAGAAGAAAAAUGAAAGAAAGUAAAAGCAAUAACCACACAAAUUUUUCUAUAUAUACAUUACAUUAUAUAUUAAAUUAUUAUAUAUUUAAAGGAAAAAAAAAGAAUAAAUAAAGAUUAAUUACAUUAUAUUAACUGUACAUGAAAAGCUUUGAAAGGUAUUUAACAAUAUUAUUAAGACGAAGGAGGGAGAAGAUGAAAGAAGAAAUUAAGAAUAAACACUAUAUUUAUGAAUUAGUAAGAAAAUAUAUCUAUUAUUAUUGAACUAUAUUGAAAGAAAAAAAAAGAAGGUAAAAAAUAAAUUAAAAAUGAACAAAAAAAACAUUGACAUUGAUUCUUAUUCAAUUAUUAAAGAAAAUGAAAUAAAAACCCGUGGUGAAAAAUAAAUUUAAAGGAUAUUUAAAUUUUAAGACAAUUAUACUAAUUAAUACAUGUUAAAAUGAAGAUGGAAACAGAACUCUUGCAGUGUAAAACAAUUAUUUAAAAAAAAAUGAAAUGAAAAUCACUGUAAUAGACGAAAAAGUGACAGAUACGAAAAGGUAAAAACAUAUUUAAGAAGAUAUAUUAAAAAAAAAUAGAAAAAAAUAUAUUGAAUAAACAAAAAAAGACAAAAAUACUGAUGUAAUUUAUACACAAACAAUAAAACAAGAGAAAUCUUGGAAUAACACAAAGAUUCAACUGAAAGUAAAUAGAAAAAAAACUACAACAACAAAAAUAAAACCUUUCAAAAAACCUUUUUCGGUUUAUUCAAAUUUCUAAUCAAAAACUUUUUUACACCACUUCUCAUUCUAAAAAAAAAAAAAAACAAAUGAAUCAAUAAACUUUAGAGCAUUAUGAGAGUGACUUUAACAGCAAAAGACAGGAGGAUAAAAUUGGGAAAGAUACCCCAAUAGUAAGUGAGAGUAAAUAGAAAAUAAACCACUUUGAAAAAAAAACUCAACCUCAAAUUAUCCUUCCAUUUCCCGCCAUUUUUCAUAAAUACAAAAGUAUAAAAAAAAAAGAAUAUGAAAGUGUCACCUAUCCAUUCAUUACACAAGCUCACCAAAUUUUAUCUACACUUUUUUGAUAAAGAAAAAAGAAGAAGAAUGAAAUAUGAUAUACGUAUUAAGGAAAUAAUUUAAUCAUUCUAACGUAGAUUUAUUUACUCUAAAUUAAAAAAAAAACAUUUUCACCAAGGGCGCUUUUUACACCCAAUGUUUAAAGAUGACAGAAUACCCUUAACAAGUAAGGAAAUAAAAGAAAACACAAAACAAAAUCACUAGAAAAAAACAUAAACACAUUUUGAAGAUAAAUGGGAGGAAAUUUUGCAGAGAUUUAAAAAUUUAAAAAAAAAAUCCAAGAAUUAAAAAAAAUGAAACUCGCCACUCACGAAUACAAUUUCUUUA